GCUUCUUCAACAACAUCUCGUCAGCCACCUCGGUAGCUUCCUAGUGGAAACGUUUAAGCUGUUCAGACUGCUUCGGUCUAUAUUUACUUCUGUAUUUGGAACAUAAUUCUGUCUUUUAACUAGUUUCCCCAUUUCAUGUCAUAUUUCCGUUUCGUCAGGUAACGGUAGCUGGCUUGAUAAAUGAGCCUGUCACUCGGCUAGUCGCUAACUAGCUAGGUUAGCUGGCUAACAUCCCCGACCAUGAGCUCAGCAAGCUGCUGCCCUCCUGCUAAAAAAGAGGUCUGCUGGAAGGAGAAAGAAGGUAUUUGGCUGAACGUUGUCGUGAAAGAAGAGAAUGAAGAGGAGGAUGUCACAGUGAACGAAGAAGUCGAGGGUGAGGCUGUUACACAGAAAGAAGAGGAAGAAAACGAUUAUACUUUUUUUGGAGUGAAUGAAGGAGAGAUAACUGUCAUAUUGAAGGAGGAGGAGAGGGAAGAAGAGAAGGAGACAGAAGAUCUGAGUAACACCAGAGAGAGACCAGACUCUCCUUCUGACAGCAGGAAGAGUCCUUCAGGGAAACCAGACCCCGAGACGUCCAAACCAGCAGGACGACAUCACUGCUCCCAGUGUGGGAAGAGUUUUACUCAGUCAGGGAGCCUGAGACCACAUAAGAGAAUACACACUGGAGAGAAGCCUUACCACUGUUCCCAAUGUGGAAUGACGUUUACCCAGUUAGGGAGCCUGCAAACGCAUGAGAGGGGACACACAGGGGAAAAGCUUUUCCAAUGUUCCCAUUGUGGAAAGAGUUUUGGCCAGGUAGGAAACCUGAACAAGCAUGAGAGGACACACACAGGUAAGAAGAUGUACCGCUGCUCCCAGUGUGGAGAGAGAUUUACCCGGUUAAGGUACCUGAAAGAGCAUGAAAGAAUACAUACAAAUACACAGGAGGAGAAGACAUACCACUGCUCUCAUUGUGGAAAGACAUUUUCCCAGUCAGAGAACCUGAAAACACAUGAGAGAAUCGAGAGGCUGUGUUCUGACUUGUGUUUCUGACUGAGAAUGUGUGUGUUUGUUUGGGCUGUCAGACUUGAGUUCACUUUGUAAUGUUAGUGCACUAUUUUUAAUUGUGAUUAAUCCAUUGUCCGAAAGGGUUUAAAACACACUGAAAACAUCCAAAAUACAUACUAUAUACAGCAAAAAUCUACAAUGCCAUGUAAAAACAAGAUGACAUUGAGGUUAAAUAAAGUGUGCUUUAUCAAUGGAACAUAUUUUGACACGUCCACUAUGUGUCUCUGAAGAGUCAUAAUAUCCAUAACAACUAGAGGUCAAACAGGGAGAUGGUUCCAUUCAUUUUCCACACAGGGCUGUGUUUUGUUUAGACUCAACCUGGUGUGAUGUUUUGACAACCAUGGAAACCUCUCUGGGACGAGGUGACUGAGGACACAGUGUGUUGUGAAUUUAUUGUCAUGUUUUUAAAAUGGUAUAAAUGCCUUUAUUUUAGCUGGACCCCAGGAAGAGUAGCUGCUGCCUUGGCAGGAACUAAUGGGGAUCCAUAUUAAACCCCAGGAAGAGGAGCUGCUGCCUUGGCAGGAACUAAUGGGGAUCCAUAAUAAACCCCAGGAAGAGUAGCUGCUGCCUUGACAGGAACUAAUGGGGAUCCAUAAUAAAUCCCAGGAAGAGUAGCUGCUGCCUUGGCAGGAACUAAAGGGGAUCCAUAUUAAACCCCAGGAAGAGUAGCUGCUGCCUUGGCAGGAACUAAUGGGGAUCCAUAAUAAACCCCAGGAAGAGUAGCUGCUGCCUUGGCAGGAACUAAUGGGGAUCCAUAUUAAACCCCAGGAAGAGUAGCUGCUGCCUUGGCAGGAACUAAUGGGGAUCCGUAAUAAAUACAAAUACUUUUAUCAAUAUAUUUGUCUCUCUCUACUCUCGGAUUCAAAUAUGCUAAUUAGCAUCAAAGUAGACAACAUGCAAGACUACAAAUCCCUGCAAGCUCCUGCAAGUCAUCUCUAGCCAACACAUUUCACAGAAUUGUCCAAGAAAUCUGGAGCUCUGUCAGAGUGAACAUCGGGUUCUUGUUCACCUCCUUUACCAAGGCCCUUCUCCCCCGAUUUCUCAGUUUGGCCGGGCGGCCAGCUCUAGAAAGAGUAUUGGUGGUUCCAAACUUCUUCCAUUUAAGAAUGAUGGCGGCCAUUGUGUUCAUGGGGACCGUUUGCUACAGACAUUUUUGGUACCUUUCCACAGAUCUGUGCCUCGACACAAUCCUGUCUCAGAACUCUACCGACAAUUCCUUUGACCUCAUGGCUUGGUUUUUGCUCUGACAUGCACUGUAAACUGUGGGACCUUAUCUAGACAGGUGUGUGCCUUUCCAAACCAUGUCUAAUUUAUUGAAUUUACCACAGGUGGACUCCAAUCAAGUUGUAGAAACAUCUCAAGGAUGAUCAAUGGAAGAAGGAUGUCUGAGCUCAUUUUCGAGUCUCAUAGCAAAGGGUCUGAAUACUUAAGUAAAUACAUUUGCAAAAAAUUCAAAUCUGUUAUUGGUUUGUUAUUAUGGGGUUUUGUGUGUAGAUUGAUGAGGGGAAAAACAUACUCAAUUUUAUAAUGAGGCUGUAACGUAACUAAAUGUGGAAUAAGUGAAGGGGUCUGAAUACUUAAUGAAUACACUGUAUACCACUGGAAGAGCUUUCUAUCAUUGGCAGUUUUGUACACAGUCAGGUGAUACGUGGUAUAGAAAGUCCAAUCUUAGGAGAGAACAUGGGAGGCACUAUACUGUGUGUCUGCAGGUGUCUAUCUGGUCAAAACCACUGAUACAGGUGCCCCUCCACCCUCUGGUGGGAUGGAUCAUAAUUAUGAUAAUCAACUGAAAUAAAUUAAAAAUAAACUUUUGGUUCCUCAACUGCGUUUGCCCCUCCAGUCAGCAGAUGGCGAUGUGCGUCUUUUAGGUUCAGGCGAUGCUGCCAGUGUGACGUAUAAUCUAGUGGACGGGACGCUGCUUCAAAAACAACAGUUUGACACCUCGGUAGCUUAAUAGCAAACAUAGCUACAACAUUCACUUUCUUUACACUGUUUUGGUGUAUAUUAGUCGCUGUGUAUUAAACACACUUCUGUCGUAUGUACGUGUUGGCCCAUUUAAUUAUAUAAUUACGUUGUUUGUCAGCUAGCUGGUUUGCUAAAUUAGCUUAGAAUGAGGCUAGUCGCUAAUGCUAGCUAGCGAACAUCCCCGACCAUGAGUUCACUAAGUUACUCUCCUGCUAAAGAAGAGGCGGUUUUCUGGACGGAGAAAGAAGUUCUCCCGAAAGAGGAGGAGGAAGAGAAGGAUGUUUCAAUACAAAAACAAGUAGAGGGUGAAGCUGUUACUGUGAAAGAAGAAGAGAAAGACGUUUCAGUGGAAGAAAUGGAAGACUCGUUCAGAUUGAAAGAGGAGGAGGCGGAGAUGACUGUCACAUCGGUAAAGGAGGAGGAGGAAGAAGAGGACACUGGACAUCUGGGCCCGGUUUCCCAAACGCAUCUUAAGGCAUCCUAUGAUUCUAACGAUGAACUCAGCCGUAAGAUGGUUUUGAGAAACUGGGCCGUGAUUAACACUAGAGAGAGACGUGACUAUCGUGGAUCCUCUGGGGAGCCUCAACAACAUCAUGAAGCUGACGAGGCAGAGAAGAGUCCCUCCCGAUCAGAACACCUCAAGAAACACCAGUGGAGACCAACAGGGAAGAAAUCUCACUGCUGCUCUGACUGUGGGAAGAGUUACUUAAGAUCAAAUUCACUAAAAGUACAAAUGAGAAUUCACACCGGAGAGAAAUCUUAUAGCUGUGGUCAAUGUGGGAAGAGUUUUACUACAUCUAGCCAUAGGAUUGCACACCAGAGAACACACACAGGAGAGAAAUCUUAUAGCUGUGAUCAAUGUGGGAAGAGUUUUACUCAGUCAAGCAGCCUGUUAUCUCACCAGAGAAAACACACAGGAGAGAAAUCUUACAGCUGUUAUCAAUGUGGGAAGAGUUUUACUCAGUCAAGCAACCUUGUAUCACACCAGAGAACACACACAGGAGAGAAACCUUAUAGUUGUGAACAAUGUGGGAAGAAUUUUACUACAUCCAGCCAUCUGAUUGUACACCAGAGAACACACACAGGAGAGAAAUCUUAUAGUUGUGAACAAUGUGGGAAGAAUUUUACUACAUCCAGCCAUCUGAUUGUACACCAGAGAACACACACAGGAGAGAAAUCUUAUAGCUGUGAACAAUGUGGGAAGAGAUACUCUGAUAAAUGAUCUCUGAUCAAACAUCAGAAAAUACAUACAUGAAGUAGUUGUUUCAUGAUAUCAAUGAAUUAAUGUCACAAUGUAGAAUGUUUAAACAUUGUAGUAGGAGUAUUUUAAUGAUGUCACAAUGUAGAAUGUUUUAACAUUGUAGUAGCAGUAUUUUAAUGAUGUCACAAUGUAAAACAUUAAACGUUUGCCCCCUGUUCAAUUGAUUUCUGCAUGAUAUGGAUAUUAGCCUCAGGGGGAAAAUCCAGGCUCUGAAUUGAAAGAGUGCUAUUUAUAUGAUAUAACAGAAAGUGACUCACACAAAAAGAGCUGUGUUACACUUACAGCAUUGGUGACCCAUUCUUAGUACUUGGCUUUUAUACAUUCUGAUCCUUACAUAACAUUCUAACCACUAGGCUACCCUGCUGCCCCAAUAAUACACUAAAUACAUGUAAUAUAGCCUAUACAGUCUGAUCCUAACAUAACAUUCUAACCACUACCCUGCUGCCCCAAUAAUACACUAAAUACAUGUAAUAUAGCCUAUACAGUCUGAUCCUUACAUAACAUUCUAACCACUACCCUGCUGCCCCAAUAAUACACUAAAUACAUGUAAUAUAGCCUAUACAGUCUGAUCCUAACAUAACAUUCUAACCACUACCCUGCUGCCCCAAUAAUACACUAAAUACAUGUAAUAUAGCCUAUACAGUCUGAUCCUUACAUAACAUUCUAACCACUACCCUGCUGCCCCAAUAAUACACUAUAUACAUGUAAUAUAGCCUAUACAGUCUGAUCCUAAUAUAACAUUCUAACCACUACCGGGGCGGCAGUGUAGCCUAGUGGUUAGAGCAUUGGACUAGUAACCGAAAGGUUGCAAGUUCAAAUCCCCAAGCUGACAAGGUACAAAAUCUGUCGUUCUGCCCCUGAACAGGCAGUCAUUGAAAAUAAGAAUUUGUUCUUAACUGACUUGCCUAGUAAAAUAAAGGUAAAAUAAAUAAAUCCUUACAUAACAUUCUAACCACUACCCUGCUGCCCCAAUAAUACACUAAAUACAUGUAAUAUAGCCUAUACAGUCUGAUCCUAACAUAACAUUCUAACCACUAGGCUGCUGCCCCAAUAAUACACUAAAUACAUGUAAUAUAGCCUAUACAGUCUGAUCCUUACAUAACAUCACCACUCCACUUUAUGAAUCUAGUUGUCUUGCUUAGUUUCCAUUCUCUUAUUGGCUCAGACAUUGGGGCAUCUAUUCUAUUGGUGGUGACAUGCACAUUCCUACUGGUGCCUAUCACUGAUUAUCUAAUGUUCCUGUCCACAGGUCUUCACAAGAUCAGACCGAUGUUGUCUGUGUGAUUAACCCAUGUGUGUGUCCAGUAGCCUUCACAAGAUCAGACUGAUGUUGUCUGUGUGAUUGUCUGUGUGAUUAACCCUUGUGUGGGUGGGGUUAUAUCCUUCCUGUUUGGCCCUGUCCGGGGGUGUCCUCGGGUGGGGCCACAGUGUCUCCUGACCCCUCCUGUCUCAGCCUCCAGUAUUUAUGCUGCAGUAGUUUAUGUGUCGGGGGGCUGGGGUCAGUUUGUUAUAUCUGGAGUACUUCUCCUGUCCAAUUCGGUGUCCUGUGUGAAUCUAAGUGUGCGUUCUCUAAUUCUCUCCUUCUCUCUCUCGGAGGACCUGAGCCCUAGGACCAUGCCCCAGGACUACCUGACAUGAUGACUCCUUGCUGUCCCCAGUCCACCUGGCCGUGCUGCUGCUCCAGUUUCAACUGACCUGAGCCCUAGGACCAUGCCCCAGGACUACUUGACAUGAUGACUCCUUGCUGUCCCCAGUCCACCUGGCCGUGCUGCUGCUCCAGUUUCAACUGUUCUGCCUUAUUAUUA